GGGUACUGUCAUUCAGUGCUUACCGAUAGAAUCUUCCCCAGCUCACGAGACGAGGGUUCGCCAAUCACAGCCACAUAUUUUGUAACGUUAGGCUAUCGUGUUCGUGGGGGUCAACACUAAAGGUUGUCUAGCGGUGAUUACCAAAACGAAAACAGUAGAUCCGAGCCGAGUAGUUCUACUAUCUUUAUUCUCUGACGAUGUAUGGGGUAAUACUUACGUUGGCCAUUGGUAUUUCGUUGCUAGUGGACAAGGUAGAUAGCAGUGGACAACUUAUAAUCACUCUUCAAUAUUUCUCUAACUAUGAGGCAACAGAUUUCAACAACAAAUGUUGCGAUCCCAGCCUGUCUUGCCAUGACAAUUGCGAUACGUAUGUCAAUAUAUGCGUGACCAACACAAGUAGCCCGUCAUCUAUGGGAAGUUGUGUGAAGAAGCUUAGGACAAGAACGUACGGCGAAGAUAGCUUUGCCAUGAACGAUAGAAUGCAGAUCUCUUUUACGACGUGGAAGGGCCCGUAUGGAUUGUACGUCGAGGCAUAUGAUAGCGAUCUCGGAAAUGAUGAUUUAAUUGACAAAUUCUCUAUCACCCUUUCAAGUCAGCCGAGUCAGAACGGCACUAAAGACAAAACAAAUCCUUUAACAGCGAUGGGGCAACGAGCGCAUGACAAAACCAAGUUAAUACUAAGUUAUUCUAUCUUCUGUGACACACACUACUACAGCUAUGCGUGCGAUAAGUACUGUAAAUACACCGAUGACAAGCACGGGCAUUAUCAGUGCGAUCUCCAUGGCAACAAGGUAUGUUUGCCUGGGUGGUAUAUACCACAGGGGAACUGUAUUAAGUACUGCGUACCACAGAACGAUGACAUCAGAGGGCAUUAUUCCUGUGAUUCGAAGGGUAAUAAAGUUUGCAGAAGAGGGUGGUAUGGACCGCUAAAUGGCUGCCUUUGCAGGCCAAGGAAUAGUGAUUCCGGUCAUUACACAUGUAAUAGAACAACGGGUGAGAAAAUCUGCCUGAAAUCAUGGUUUGGAACAUUGUGUACAAUAUAUUGUGAUGAAUCGAAGGGAAAUUAUAGUUGUAACGCAACGACAGGUGAGAAGAUUUGUCACGCUGGAUGGUAUGGCAAUCUGUGUGACACCUAUUGUAUUUCGACCAAUGACAGCUCUGGACAUUACACAUGUAAUGCAACGACAGGAGAAAAGAUCUGUCACGCUGGAUGGUAUGGGAGAUUGUGUGACACCUAUUGUAUUCCAACCAAUGAAAGCUCAGGACAUUACAGCUGUAACGUAACGACAGGAGAGAAGAUCUGUCAUGCUGGAUGGUAUGGCAAUCUGUGUGACAUUUAUUGUAUUCCAACCAAUGACAGCUCUGGACAUUACAGCUGUAACACAACGACGGGUGAGAAGAUUUGUCACGCUGGAUGGUAUGGCAAUCUGUGUGACAUCUAUUGUAUUCCAACCAAUGACAUCUCAAGAUAUUACAGCUGUAACGUAACGACAGGAGAGAAGAUCUGUCAUGCUGGAUGGUAUGGGAGAUUGUGUGACAUUUAUUGUAUUCCAACCAAUGACAGCUCAGGACAUCACAGCUGUAACGCAACGACAGGAGAGAAGAUCUGUCACGCUGGAUGGCAUGGCAAUCUGUGUGACAUUUAUUGUAUUCCAACCAAUGACAGCUCAGGACAUUAUAGCUGUAACGCAACGACGGGCGAGAAAGUCUGUCACGUUGGAUGGCAUGGUAAGUUGUGUGACACCUAUUGUAUCCCAACCAUUGACAGCUCAGGACAUUACAGCUGUAACGCAACGACAGGAGAAAAGAUCUGUCACGCUGGAUGGUAUGGGAGAUUGUGUGACACCUAUUGUAUUCCAACCAAUGACAGCUCUGGACAUUACACUUGUAAUACAACAACUGGAGAAAAAAUCUGUCACGCUGGAUGGUAUGGGAGAUUGUGUGACACCUAUUGUAUUCCAACCAAUGACAGCUCAGGACAUUAUAGCUGUAACGCAACGACAGGAGAAAAGAUCUGUCACGAUGGAUGGUAUGGGAGAUUGUGUGACACCUAUUGUAUUCCAACCAAUGACAGCUCAGGACAUUAUAGCUGUAACGCCAGUACAGGAGAAAUGAUCUGUCACGCACACUGGUAUGGCGAGUUUUGUUCUACCAAUUGCUCACCACAAAAUAACUCUUUAGGACAUUUUGAAUGUGAUCCUCAGUCAGGAAUAAAGAUUUGCCAUUCAGGCUGGUUUGGACCAAUAUGUUCAGUACAUUGUAAGGAAACGAAUGAAAAGCGAUACAAAUGCGACAACAGGACUGGAGAGAAGAUAUGCAACGUCUCUUGGUUUGGGUCGAAUUGUUCGACAUUUUGCUCGCCAAGAGACGACAGCACAGGGCAUUACUUUUGUAAUAAAAAAACAGGUUUAAAAAGGUGUCACGAUAACUGGUACGGGGAGAAUUGCACGGUGUUCUGUAAGGCUCUAUCAUCGGACCACCAGCAUUACAACUGCGAUAAUACAACAGGAUCAAAAUUAUGUCAUCCCGACUGGUUUGGCGAAAAUUGCACGGUUCAUUGCAAGGCUCAGUCAUCUGACAACCAGUAUUACAGCUGCGAUAAUGCAACGGGAUCAAAGAUUUGCCAUUCCAAUUGGUACGGGGAGAAUUGCACGGUGUACUGCAAGGCUCAAUUAUCGGACCACCAGCAUUACAUCUGUGAUAAUACAACAGGAAAAAAGCAUUGCCUUACAUCUUGGUACGGAGAGAACUGUACAGCAUAUUGCACCCCAAGAAAUGAUUCUACUGGCCACUUUAGUUGUAAUGAAACUACAGGGUCGAAGGAUUGUCACGAUGGGUGGUAUGGUGGCACUUGUUCCAACUACUGUAUGCCGCAUAACGGAUCUUCAGGGCAUUAUAACUGCGAUGCAAGCUCAGGGAGGAAAACAUGCCAUGUUGAUUGGUACGGAAUAAAUUGCACUGUUUUUUGCUCCAAGCCUCGCGAUUCAAAAGAUCAUUAUUACUGCAAUGUGACAAAUGGCGAGAGAAUCUGUUUAGACGAUUGGUAUGGUGGAAAUUGUACAACAUAUUGUAAAUCUUCUAAUGGAAGCGAUGGACAUUAUUACUGCAAUGGGACAAAUGGCGAGAGAAUCUGUUUAGACGAUUGGUAUGGUGGAAAUUGUACAACAUAUUGCAAAUCAUCUAAUGGAAGCGAUGGACAUUAUUACUGCAAUGGGACAAAUGGCGAGAGAAUCUGUUUAGACGAUUGGUAUGGUGGAAAUUGUACAACAUAUUGCAAAUCAUCUAAUGGAAGCGAUGGACAUUAUUACUGCAAUGGGACAAAUGGCGAGAGAAUCUGUUUAGACGAUUGGUAUGGUGGAAAUUGUACAACAUAUUGCAAAUCUUCUAAUGGAAGCGAUGUACAUUAUUACUGCAAUGGGACAAAUGGCGAGAGAAUCUGUUUAGACGAUUGGUAUGGUGGAAAUUGUACAACAUAUUGCAAAUCUUCUAAUGGAAGCGAUGGAAAUUAUUACUGCAAUGGGACAAAUGGCGAGAGAAUCUGUUUAGACGAUUGGUAUGGUGGAAAUUGUACAACAUAUUGCAAAUCUUCUAAUGGAAGCGAUGGACAUUAUUACUGCAAUGGGACAAAUGGCGAGAGAAUCUGUUUAGACGAUUGGUAUGGUGGAAAUUGUACAACAUAUUGCAAAUCUUCUAAUGGAAGCGAUGGACAUUAUUACUGCAAUGGGACAAAUGGCGAGAGAAUCUGUUUAGACGAUUGGUAUGGUGGAAAUUGUACAACAUAUUGCAAAUCAUCUAAUAGAAGCGAUGGACAUUAUUACUGCAAUGGGACAAAUGGCGAGAGAAUCUGUUUAGACGAUUGGUAUGGUGGAAAUUGUACAACCUAUUGCAAAUCUUUUAAUGGAAGCGAUGGACAUUAUUACUGCAAUGGGACAAAUGGCGAGAGAAUCUGUUUAGACGAUUGGUAUGGUGGAAAUUGUACAACAUAUUGCAAAUCUUCUAAUGGAAGCGAUGGACAUUAUUACUGCAAUGGGACAAAUGGCGAGAGAAUCUGUUUAGACGAUUGGUAUGGUGGAAAUUGUACAACAUAUUGCAAAUCUUCUAAUGGAAGCGAUGGACAUUAUUACUGCAAUGGGACAAAUGGCGAGAGAAUCUGUUUAGAUGAUUGGUAUGGUGGAAAUUGUACAACAUAUUGCAAAUCUUCUAAUGGAAGCGAUGGACAUUAUUACUGCAAUGGGACAAAUGGCGAGAGAAUCUGUUUAGAUGAUUGGUAUGGUGGAAAUUGUACAACAUAUUGCAAAUCUUCUAAUGGAAGCGAUGGACAUUAUUACUGCAAUGGGACAAAUGGCGAGAGAAUCUGUUUAGACGAUUGGUAUGGUGGAAGUUGUACAACAUAUUGCAAAUCAUCUAAUGGAAGCGAUGGACAUUAUUACUGCAAUGGGACGAAUGGCGAGAGAAUCUGUUUAGACGAUUGGUAUGGUGGAAAUUGUACAACAUAUUGCAAAUCUUCUAAUGGAAGCAAUGGACAUUAUUACUGCAAUGGGACAAAUGGCGAGAGAAUCUGUUUAGACGAUUGGUAUGGUGGAAAUUGUACAACAUAUUGCAAAUCUUCUAAUGGAAGCGAUGGACAUUAUUACUGCAAUGGGACAAAUGGCGAGAGAAUCUGUUUAGACGAUUGGUAUGGUGGAAAUUGUACAACAUAUUGCAAAUCUUCUAAUGGAAGCGAUGGACAUUAUUACUGCAAUGGGACAAAUGGCGAGAGAAUCUGUUUAGAUGAUUGGUAUGGUGGAAAUUGUACAACAUAUUGCAAAUCUUCUAAUGGAAGCGAUGGACAUUAUUACUGCAAUGGGACAAAUGGCGAGAGAAUCUGUUUAGAUGAUUGGUAUGGUGGAAAUUGUACAACAUAUUGCAAAUCUUCUAAUGGAAGCUAUGGACAUUAUUACUGCAAUGGGGCAAAUGGCGAGAGAAUCUGUUUAGACGAUUGGUAUGGUGGAAAUUGUACAACAUAUUGCAAAUCUUUUAAUGGAAGCGAUGGACAUUAUUACUGCAAUGGGACAAAUGGCGAGAGAAUCUGUUUAGACGAUUGGUAUGGUGGAAAUUGUACAACAUAUUGUAAAUCUUCUAAUGGAAGCGAUGGACAUUAUUACUGCAAUGUGACUAAUGGCGAGAGAAUCUGUUUAGACGAUUGGUAUGGUGGAAAUUGUACAACAUAUUGCAAAUCUUCUAAUAGAAGCGAUGGACAUUAUUACUGCAAUGGGACAAAUGGCGAGAGAAUCUGUUUAGACGAUUGGUAUGGUGGAAAUUGUACAACAUAUUGCAAAUCUUCUAAUGGAAGCGAUGGACAUUAUUACUGCAAUGGGACAAAUGGCGAGAGAAUCUGUUUAGACGAUUGGUAUGGUGGAAAUUGUACAACAUAUUGCAAAUCUUCUAAUGGAAGCGAUGGACAUUAUGACUGCAAUUGGACAAAUGGCGAGAGAAUCUGUUUAGACGAUUGGUAUGGUGGAAAUUGUACAACAUAUUGCAAAUCUUCUAAUGGAAGCGAUGGACAUUAUUACUGCAAUGGGACAAAUGGCGAGAGAAUCUGUUUAGACGAUUGGUAUGGUGGAAAUUGUACAACAUAUUGCAAAUCUUCUAAUGGAAGCGAUGGACAUUAUUACUGCAAUGGGACAAAUGGCGAGAGAAUCUGUUUAGACGAUUGGUAUGGUGGAAAUUGUACAACAUAUUGCAAAUCUUCUAAUGGAAGCGAUGGACAUUAUUACUGCAAUGGGACAAAUGGCGAGAGAAUCUGUUUAGAUGAUUGGUAUGGUGGAAAUUGUACAACAUAUUGCAAAUCUUCUAAUGGAAGCGAUGGACAUUAUUACUGCAAUGGGACAAAUGGCGAGAGAAUCUGUUUAGACGAUUGGUAUGGUGGAAAUUGUACAACAUAUUGCAAAUCAUCUAAUAGAAGCGAUGGACAUUAUUACUGCAAUGGGACAAAUGGCGAGAGAAUCUGUUUAGACGAUUGGUAUGGUGGAAAUUGUACAACCUAUUGCAAAUCUUUUAAUGGAAGCGAUGGACAUUAUUACUGCAAUGGGACAAAUGGCGAGAGAAUCUGUUUAGACGAUUGGUAUGGUGGAAAUUGUACAACAUAUUGCAAAUCUUCUAAUGGAAGCGAUGGACAUUAUUACUGCAAUGGGACAAAUGGCGAGAGAAUCUGUUUAGACGAUUGGUAUGGUGGAAAUUGUACAACAUAUUGCAAAUCAUCUAAUAGAAGCGAUGGACAUUAUUACUGCAAUGGGACAAAUGGCGAGAGAAUCUGUUUAGACGAUUGGUAUGGUGGAAAUUGUACAACCUAUUGCAAAUCUUUUAAUGGAAGUGAUGGACAUUAUUACUGCAAUGGGACAAAUGGCGAGAGAAUCUGUUUAGACGAUUGGUAUGGUGGAAAUUGUACAACAUAUUGCAAAUCUUCUAAUGGAAGCGAUGGACAUUAUUACUGCAAUGGGACAAAUGGCGAGAGAAUCUGUUUAGACGAUUGGUAUGGUGGAAAUUGUACAACAUAUUGCAAAUCUUCUAAUGGAAGCGAUGGACAUUAUUACUGCAAUGGGACAAAUGGCGAGAGAAUCUGUUUAGACGAUUGGUAUGGUGGAAAUUGUACAACAUAUUGCAAAUCUUCUAAUAGAAGCGAUGGACAUUAUUACUGCAAUGGGACAAAUGGCGAGAGAAUCUGUUUAGACGAUUGGUAUGGUGGAAAUUGUACAACAUAUUGCAAAUCUUUUAAUGGAAGCGAUGGACAUUAUUACUGCAAUGGGACAAAUGGCGAGAGAAUCUGUUUAGACGAUUGGUAUGGUGGAAAUUGUACAACAUAUUGCAAAUCUUCUAAUGGAAGCGAUGGACAUUAUUACUGCAAUGGGACAAAUGGCGAGAGAAUCUGUUUAGACGAUUGGUAUGGUGGAAAUUGUACAACAUAUUGCAAAUCUUCUAAUGGAAGCGAUGGACAUUAUUACUGCAAUGGGACAAAUGGCGAGAGAAUCUGUUUAGACGAUUGGUAUGGUGGAAAUUGUACAACAUAUUGCAAAUCUUCUAAUGGAAGCGAUGGACAUUAUUACUGCAAUGGGACAAAUGGCGAGAGAAUCUGUUUAGACGAUUGGUAUGGUGGAAAUUGUACAACAUAUUGCAAAUCUUCUAAUGGAAGCUAUUACUAUUGCAAACACGACUCGGGAAAGCGAGUAUGUCUUGAUGAUUGGCACGGAGAACGGUGUAACGUUUACUGCAAACCGCGAAAUAAUAGCGAAGGUCAUUACAUUUGUGAUAUUAUGACAGGUGAAAAAGUUUGUCACAAGAACUGGUAUGGAAAGAACUGCAGAAAACAUUGCCAAACAAGUACUCGAGGAAACUAUAGAUGUGAUAAUGUCACUGGAGAUAAGAUUUGCACACAAAAAUGGUAUGGCGAGAACUGUAGUGUAUUUUGUGAGCAAAACGCCGGGUCACAUUACAAAUGUAACAAUGGAUCAGGCAAAAAGAUAUGUUUGCCGAAUUGGUAUGGCGUAAAUUGUAGCAAAUAUUGUGAAGAAAAGGACGACAAAUUUGGACCCUACAGAUGCGAUAACUCAACGGGUGAGAAAAUAUGUUUGCCAAAUUGGUACGGUGUAAAUUGUAGCAAAUAUUGUAAAGAAAAAGGCGACAAUUCUGGAAAUUACAGAUGCGAUAACUCAACGGGUGAGAAAAUAUGUUUGCCAAAUUGGUACGGUGUAAAUUGUAGCAAAUAUUGUAAAGAAAAAGACGACAAUUCUGGAAAUUACAGAUGCGAUAACUCAACGGGUGAGAAAAUAUGUUUGCCAAAUUGGUAUGGAACAAAUUGUAUCAAAUAUUGUAAAGAAAAAGGCGACAAUUCUGGAAAUUACAGAUGCGAUAACUCAACGGGUGAGAAAAUAUGUUUGCCAAAUUGGUAUGGAACAAAUUGUAUCAAAUAUUGUAAAGAAAAGGACGACAAUUCUGGAAAUUACAGAUGCGAUAACUCAACGGGGAAGAAAAUAUGUUUGCCAAAUUGGUAUGGAACAAAUUGUAUCAAAUAUUGUAAAGAAAAAGGCGACAAUUCUGGAAAUUACAGAUGCGAUAACUCAACGGGCGAAAAAAUAUGUUUGCCAAAUUGGUACGGUGUAAACUGUAGCAAAUAUUGUAAAGAAAAGGACGACAAUUCCGAACAUUACAGAUGCAAUAAUUCAACGGGCGAGAAAAUAUGUUUGCCAAAUUGGUACGGUGUAAAUUGUAGCAAAUAUUGUAAAGAAAAAGACGACAAUUCUGGAAAUUACAGAUGCGAGAACUCAACGGGCGAGAAAAUAUGUUUGCCAAAUUGGUACGGUGUAAACUGUAGCAAAUAUUGUAAAGAAAAAGACGACAAUUCUGGAAAUUACAGAUGCGAGAACUCAACGGGCGAGAAAAUAUGUUUGCCAAAUUGGUAUGGUGUAAAUUGUAGCAAAUAUUGUAAAGAAAAAGACGACAAUUCUGGACACUACAGAUGCGAGAACUCAACGGGCGAGAAAAUAUGUUUGCCAAAUUGGUAUGGUGUAAACUGUAGCCAACAUUGUAAAAAAAAGGACGACAAUUCUGGACACUACAAAUGUGAUGACAAAGGGAACAAAAUCUGCUUAUCAAACUGGUAUGGAUUGGCUUGUAACAGGUUUUGCAAGGCAGAAAACAGCACGUUACGUAGCUACACAUGUGAUAACACAACAGGUCUGAAGAUCUGUAGUACACACUGGUACGGGAGUGAAUGCCAUACUUAUUGCAUUCCUCGCGCUAGUCAUUUGGAAGGAUAUUUUACCUGUAACGAAACAACGGGGACACGAAUUUGUAUUCCAGGGUGGACAGGGAAUAACUGUACAUCAAGUAAACACUCUCAGAGUUCUAUUUUUCCUGAAUUACUGAGUUCUACAACGACAUAUUCCUCGUACUCAAAGAUACCAUCAACUGUUAUAUUACCUAGUGCCAGUCCUUCUAGGUGGCGUUUAACUCAGCUCAGUUCGCAAAGCUGCGAAUCCUGCUCAACCCGAACCUCCAAGUCACAAGAAUCAAAUACGGGAACAUCUUCGUAUCUUCAAUAUACACAACCCGCGUCAUUUUUCGUAACCAGCAAAUUGACAGCAGUAUCCAUCACUAGCCAAUCAGAAUACACCAUUACACCAACCCCGAGCAUGUCACUUUCAGUAUUACCGCUGACGAGCACUGUCAGUGCCAGUCCCUCUCGUCCAGGGAGUGUGAAGGAGCCUGGGUGGCCUGCCCGAGCACGUGACUGGAUUAUUAGCACCGUCCAGACCACAGAGGGUAGAAUAUCAAUGGCCACUGUUCUAGUCUUCAUCAUAGCCCUCGUUUUCAUGUUUGUCGCGUGUUACAAACACGGAAGGGGGAAAAGGCAGAAAAGACGUCAGGCGCUCGGGUUUGAUAUUGAUCUAAGCGCGUGUUUACCGCUGGACGGUGACAACGACAUGAUGGAACUGAUCUCAAGGGCUGAAGGGCGCAGGGCCCAGUCUCCAAGUUCUUCGCCAGAGGUUAAUCAUAAUGUGAUCAGUGCAGUAAACCCGUUCUUUGCCGACCGAAGUCAGUUCCUACAUCUUGGAGACGAGAGUAGUCACGUGCCAUCUGACGCUGAUUGGGGCAAUCUCAUCAAACAAGGAAAUAAAACACGGAGUCACAGCAAUCCUUUCUUCAACGACAACAGAUACUCUCGACUCAGGCCCUACUCGGAAAAGUUCUCUGAAGUGGACUUAAGCGAGUCGCAAAUUUGACAAGCAUUCAACCUUCCCACGACCUUAGGGUUUCCUUGUAGGAUAAAUUCAAAAUGACGGCCAAUUUCCAAUUAGCGGAUUGCCGAAUGGUAGAGAGACACUCGUUGAGAAUCCGACAUUGACAAGCACUUAGUGUUGAAAGCAAGGAAAAUUACGUGAAUAUUCUGGAAAAAAACAAUAGGCUAUUCCAGGAACUCAUAAGUAUGAGCUCAUACUUAUGAGCCCCUGGCUAUUUCAGUAUACUUACGUACGAACUAAAACAUACUGUGUAUAAGGAAGUUGGAACAUAGUAGACGAAUAAAGCUAAUAUGUAUUAUGUAGUUUUUACGAACUAAAACAUACUGUGUAUAAGGAAGUUGGAACAUAGUAGACGAAUAAAGCUAAUAUGUAUUAUGUAUUAGAACCAUCAAA